GACGCUUCCACGGAACGCCUCCGCUGCCGGUACCGCGAGUGAGGAGGAUCGAUGGCGACGGACGGGGAGUGCUCCACGCCGGCGGCGCCGCGGAAGGGGGCGACGGGCCGGAGCCACAGCGAGGCGGAGCGCAAGCGGAGGCAGCGCAUCAACGCCCAUCUCGCCACGCUCCGCACGCUCGUCCCCUCGGCUUCCCGGAUGGACAAGGCGGCGCUGCUGGGCGAGGUGGUGCGGCACGUGCGGGAGCUGCAGGGCAGGGCCAACGACGCGACGGAGGGCGUGGCGGGCGUCGUCCCCGGGGAGACCGACGAGGUGGGCGUGGAGGAGGAGGGCGACUACCUCCUCAACGCCGCCCCGACGCACGACGACGACGAUGACGACGCCCGGUGGCGGCGGCGCGUCCGGGCAUGGGUGUGCUGCGCCGACCGCCCGGGGCUCAUGUCGGACCUGGGCCGCGCCGUGCGCUCCGUCGGCAGCGCGCGCCCCGUGCGCGCCGAGAUCGCCACCGUCGGCGGGAGGACCCGGAGCGUCCUGGAGCUGGACCACGUCUGCCACGGGGCCGAGCCAGCCAGCGACAGGGCGGUGGCGCUCUCCACCCUGCGCGCCGCGCUCCGCACCGUGCUGCUCAACCGGGAGGAGCUCCUCGCCGCCGCCGCCGCCGCGGACGGAUACAAGCGGCCGCGCCUCUCGCCGGUGCAGCAGCUCAGCUAGCCUGGCUGGCUCUAGCACCCAUGCAGUACGUAUACGACAGCGCCAUGGUUGCCGGUUUCGUGUUGCUGCGGGCAGGCAGGCGAACCUGUGUAUGUACGUACGUGUCGUAUCGCCUGCCAUGGUCGGUUGCCGUACGUGCUUGCUUGCAACCAGCAGUAGGAGACCCGUCAGGUAUACACUGUGGCAGCGGUUGAAUUCUGCAGCCUGCCUCGCGUGCUGCACUGUUGUGUCGUGUCGCGUUCCGUCCAUCUGUAGUUCAGAACAGGCUGAGCAAGAACCGAUCGUUCCUACUGCAGAUCACCACAACUGUUUUGUCUUCACAACUGUCGCUUCUAUUGGCCUGGCCCAUACCCCCGUACGUAGCACAGACCUAGUGCUUCCAUGAAAGUUGCUCAAAUUACAUUCAACUUUUUGUGAACACCAGUUUGAGAUGAGAGCUUUGUAGAUCAAUAAACUGCGAAAUGCACUCAAUUAUGUCUAAAAACCAGGUUUUGCUAUUUGUCAGGCAGCUAAAAA